AUUACUUUUCCUCUUUACUUUUUCUUCUCCUUUCUACCUUUCUUUAGGGUUUGUAAGGGUCUAUUUAUUUUGUCUCUUCGGUGAUGUUUUUUGCCGUCGUCUGGUGGAUUUUGGUGAGUAUUUUGGGCGAUUUUGGAAAGAUUGUUGCUUAUGAAGGUAACUUUUGGCCUAGUUUGUGGCUAGAUCUCCCUUGGUUUUGCCCUUGUUCACCUGAGAGCAGUGUCGAGGACUUGAGCCAAGUUUGAUUCAAUUCUUCUUCUUCUUUUGUUUUUGUUUUUUCUAGUUGUUGAAUAUGUUAUAUGCAUUUCUCAAAUACAUUGCCAUCUUUGCAACCUCGUUAAAAUCAUUACAUGUCUAAUUUCUUCUAAUCUUCAUAGUCCCUUCAGCCCCCUAUAUACAUUCCUACACAUUCAUACACAUUGUAUGCUUUCAUUAUAUUCCUCUAAGAUUGAUGAAUCUUGAUGAUAUCACGGCGCAAUGGGCUUAUUCUAUCCAUGAACUUUGCCUAGUAUUCGAUGAACCUACAGAUGAUGACACCAUUUAUGGUUUUUGUGAAGUGCCCGUGCCCUCAUCGCAAUUAACCAUCAAUUUUGAAUUAGUAUGCAAGUACUCUUAUACUAUGUGGCGAUUUCUGCCCACGGGAGAAUCUGUCAGCCGGCGAACAUAUGCGGGACAUAUUAACCACCCCACAACGACGAUCCAGAUCUCAAUCACUAAAGAUCACAUGCACUCCCACCCCCGUGAAAUGGCCCAAAUCUUCAAAGAUAAGCUCCAACAUUUGCCUAUUAGUAACGAGGAUCGAUACAAAGUGCUGGCAGCCGCAAGCAAUAGAUAUGUUUCAGCAAUGCUUUCCAAGAACCCGGAUAAUUAUGUCUAUGACAGCAUUUGGAUACGCUGCUCUUUCAAAGUCCUGUUCGAUGUCUUGGUGGGAGAACGGCGCGACACAAAUAUAGAGCCAGCGCUUGAUCUGCAGUCUGCCGAGGAAGUGGGGGCACAAAUGGUUCCAACUGCCGAGGUUUCCAUUGAGUCGUCAUUGAAAAAAGUUGUGGUGGCGGAUGAUUCGAAAGAGACCUGCUCUAUUUGCUUGGAAGUGAUGCACGGCAGUGAAUUUGAAGUGAUGAGGAUGCCGUGCUCGCAUGUGUUCCAUGGAGAUUGCAUCCGCAAGUGGCUGAGGACAAGCCAUUAUUGCCCCGUUUGUCGUUUCGAGUUACCGAAGGAAAUUUGAGAGCUCGUGUUUAUCGUUGUUGAUUUACAUUAUUGUAGUUGUGGUUUUUUUGAACUAGGUGUCCUUGUUUUUGUCUUUUAAUUAAGUAAUAUGUAUGGGUUUCAAGAACAAGAAAAAUUGUGUUGUUUUUAUAUUUCUUUUUCUAUUGGCACUUGAAAUUGCAAAGUCAACCUAGGGUGUGUUUG